AUGGGCAAGAAGAGCGGGAAAAAGAAGGCUAGACUGGCGGAGUCUGUCAUGCAAUUCCAAAUUGAAGUGAGAAGUAAAGAGAUGGAAGAAUUAAAGGAAGAAGUAAGGGAACUGGAAGAUAAGAACCAAAAACUUAUUGAACUGCAAGAUCAGCUGCAAGAGGAGCAACAGAGACACAUCAGUGUGUUGCGCAAGCAAGCAAAGGAGCACGAAAGGCUGUUCAAGGAGAAAGAAGUGGCCAAUAAAGAACAAGUAGAACAGGCUGUCCAGCAGAAUCAAGAGCUCAGACAUAUACAGGAGGAAGAACUGGAAGAGUUGCACAGGCAGCUGACGAGUGUACAGGCCCAGGUUGAGAAGUUGCAGGUGCAGCGGCAAGCUCAGCAGCUUUUUGAGAACAUGGGGAGUGUUGAUCAACAGCAGAUCCAAAAACUACAGUCAGAACUCUAUGCUGUACAGAAGAAUGUACAGGCAAUAUCAGAAAAUAUUGAGUGCUGUCUGAAAGAAACGAUUUGUAAGAUUGACAAGAAAACUUCACAGCUGGUGGAACGAGAGAAACAGCUUGCUGGAGAGAGAACAUUAAAACAGGUUGACAAAAACACUUUUCAGAAUAUUGAAAAAAACGACUGGCUUAAGAAAGUGCUUGUUAUCUAUGAUGAUGAAGUCUCAGAACUGGAUGUAGCUGUGAGGAACCUGGAGGAGGAGAACUUGGAGCACAUGAAACAACUGUUUGAACAUUGCCUCAGUGUAGUACAAAUCUCAAGCAAUGUGUUCCUGACACAGGCUGAAGACUUGGAGCAGAAACUCCGCCUUCUUGGAAGACCAGCGGAAACUGGGAAGGAACAGCACCACCAGUCUGGGGAGCUGGAGGAAGAUGAAACUGAUCACAGCUGCAAGCCCUCCUCCCCUACUCACCAUCUCCGCACACUGCUGGAUGGCAACCAGAGCGACCUCAAUGAACUGCUGCACCUGGGCCUUUUGGAGCAGAGGCUGAUGAGUGUCGUUAGCCAGCCCAUACCCCUUUGUCCUUUGCCAUCUGAUCCUGUGGAUUUGGACACGUUAACACACCUGGGCCUGAUCCAAACACAAAAUGGGUCUGUCACAGCAAACAUCAUUCGCAAAAAGUUCCAGUAA